AUAUAUGUACGUAUCUAUAUGCUGCCGAUAUAACAGAUUUCCUAACCCCACAACUGUUAUUUUUAGUACUUUAUAACUUUUGUCCUGCGUGAGAGUGACAACUUUAACUUUUGUAUUCGUAUUGUACGUACAAAAAUACACAAGACUGUUUACUCAAUGCAUUUGGUAUAAAUCAUACGCAAUAUGUUUUCAUGUAAACAAAUUACUACAUUUGUUUAUGAUACAAAGGAUUUUAAUUUUAUCAUUAAUUCAUGCGAGGAAAAUGAGUCUUCAUUUGAUAAUGUUUUGAAGCAUAUGUGGAAACAAGCUGAAGAAAUUAAAGCAUUUCGCUAUAUUUUAAAUAUACGAGAGAGUAAAACAUUGAAGGGAAAAUACAGAUUUCUAAUACAGUUAAAUCCAGAUAGAGCUCAGUGUAGACGUGCUCCGGAAUCAAUCACAUCUACGUUACAAUCUUUUAGCCCUAUAGGUUUUAAUUUCACUAAGCUAACACAGCAAGAAAUAUUAUUUGACAUAGGAAAUGGCGACACAAAUGACAUAGUUGCAAUUAAUGCCAGUCCUUUGGAACAAAGUCAUUGUUUACUUCUUACAGAACGUUUAAAAUGUUUGCCACAAAUUAUGACAGAGUAUAGUCUUCGCAAAGUAAUAGAAUUAUGUCUAUUAAGCAAUUUAUGGUCUUUAAGGGCUGCUUUCAAUGGUUUAUGUGCGCAUGCCUCUGUUAAUCAUUUACAUUGGCAUUUAUACUAUUUAAAAUACGAGAUGCUUCUUGAAUAUAUUAAUGUUUGCAGUUAUAUUUCUGGUAUACACUUGUUAGUAGAUUAUCCAGCAAAAGGAUUCUGUCUUAAAUUGUCUGAUUUUAAAAAUAUUGAAGAUUUUGUAUCUCGCACAUUUCUUGUAGUGAACUAUUUACAAUUAUGUCGAAUGGCACAUAAUGUAUAUAUUACACGAGCAAAAUCUAAAUCUAAUGAUGAAUUAUAUAACGAUAUACGUAUUUAUAUUUGGGCUAGAAAGCCAUUAAUUGGUGUCAAAGAUACAACUGCAUUUAUACCUGGAGUUUGCGAACUCUUUGGACAUUUAUCAAUUAGAGGUAAGAAUAAAAUCUGUAUUUGAAUACAGGGUGUUUAAAAAAAGUGUUCCAUAUUUUGAGAGCAAGUAAUACUCAUCAAAAUAAGAAGAAAAUGUCCAGUAAACAUGGGUCCUAAAUCAAAUACCUGUUAAGAUAUGGACCAAUCUUUAUCUUAUACUAUAAGAGGUGUUCUAUGUGGUUCCCAUUUAUUGUCAUACAUUUUAAAUAAAAAAAAAUACUUAGGGCCCGGGCACAUAAAAAACUUAAGCAGACAGAC